AUGCCCCAACUCAUACCCUUCAGGGACAUUAAUGUCCACGCGUCGAACUCCCACUACGCCUUCACCUCUCCAUCCACGCCCUCUGCUCAGACCCUUGUGGUUGAGCGGCCUUCAGGCGACUUACGCCUCAGCGAUGGCCCUCUGCUCGGCACAAAGCGAGUCUCAAGCAUCGCGGGGAUCCUGGGGAUGAUAAAAUUAAGAUUAGGUAUGAGCACCGGGGCAGUAGGAUACCUUCCCGCUAACGAACGAACAACAGACAAGUACAUAAUCGUAAUCACCAAGGCGCAGCCUAUGGGACGUCUGAAAGGACAUAUGGUUUAUCGAGUCAUCGCUACUGAAUUCCUUCCCCUCCGCGAGCGUACGCUGCAUGACCAGGAUGAAGACACCUACCUCACGCUCUUGAAGACUCUCCUGAAGAGUGGACCGAUGUACUUCUCCUAUUCACUCGACAUUACGAAUAGCUUUCAACGCCAAGCUGAAGCAGACCUCUCUCAGCCAUUAUGGAGAAGAGCCGACGAUCGCUUCUUCUGGAACAAAUUCAUACAAUCUGAUAUCAUGGGCUUGUCUCGAGGUGAAGGCAGUGGAUCGGGUCUUCGUGGGAGUCCACAACCAGGAGCAGAUCCUUUCGUGCUCCCUGUGAUGUUCGGCAUGAUGAGAAUAACGACCACACGUAUCAAAGCUACCCCUUUCACAUUUGUGCUCAUCACUCGGAGAUCAAGACACAGAGCAGGGACACGCUACCUUACACGAGGCAUGGAUGAGCAAGGGCAUGUUGCCAACUUCAAUGAGACGGAACAAAUAGUCGUCCUUAACGAUGGCUCUGGAGAUCUCGGUGGUUUUAGCGGGGUCACCCAAAAUGGAAAGAUUAACAACGACGGCUCGGAGACGCAGAUCCUUUCUUAUGUACAGACGAGAGGCAGUGUACCUGCUUAUUGGGCCGAAAUAAACACGCUGCAUUAUACUCCAGAGCUUCAGGUCCGAGAUGUAGAGACUGCCGCGAAUGCUGCACGCUUGCACUUCGACGAGCAAAUCCGACUUUAUGGGGAGAAUUAUCUUGUGAAUCUCGUGAACCAAAAGGGUCGUGAAAUCAAAGUGAAGAAAGCUUAUGAAGAUAUGGUUCGUGUCCUGGUCUCAGGACCAGAGCAAGCUACGCAGGCAAAUUACGUGACGCCCGAAAAGAUUACAGUUGUUGAAGCUAGCGAAAAGAAACAGAAGUACGAUCGACUGCACUAUGUCUACUUUGAUUUCCACAAUGAGACGAAGGGUUUGAAAUGGCAUAGAGCGAACCUUCUGCUAGAUCAGCUGAAAAGCGGAUUAUGGAAGGGCCAAUAUUUUCGAGGCGUUGACAUGCCUGCGGACACGGAAGGCCGGCUUGAGGUACGAAACAAACAAACGGCAGUGGUAAGGACGAAUUGUAUGGAUUGCUUGGAUCGUACGAAUGUCAUACAAACGAUGAUUGCACGAUGGACUUUGACACGUCAAUUGAUAGACGCUGGGGUCUUGCAACAAGGCGAAGCUGCGAAUGAUGAUCCAGAAUUCGAGCACUUCUUCCGCAACAUAUGGGCAGAUAAUGCUGAUGUCGUUUCAAAAAGCUAUUCGGGUACUGGCGCUCUCAAGACCGACUUUACACGCACUGGAGAGAGAACAAGAGCCGGAGCUGCACAAGAUUUCAAUAAUUCCGUUACUCGCUAUGUGAAGAACAACUUUGGGGAUGGUCCUCGACAGGACGCCUUUGACCUGUUUACCGGGACAUUUCAACCACCUCCAGUCGGAACUAGCUUGGUAUUCGUGGAUCGAAGACCCAUUUUGGUGCAGGCAAUCCCUUACGUCCUCGCUGCUUGCAUGUUUUUCAUCCUUGUUGCUGUACAUAUUACCGAGUGGCCAUAUCGAGCUAAUGAAGCUCGGCAGGUCAAUUGGCCGAAGCUCAACACUCCGAGAUGGGCCAUUGAAGGCGUGCAAGAGACAAUGAACCGAGCACUGAAAGAUCCACUAGUUGGCGAAUUCGUGUCCAAGCACGAGCGUGGACUAAGCAAUACACGCCUUGGUCAUCUUGAAGAAGGCAAGAAGCGUAUCCAAUGA